AUGAACGGACAGGUAAUGGCUCGGAAUGGGCUGACCGAUCGCACCGGUAGGAAAGUAGCAUUAAUUACCGGUAUNGCGGAUGCAUCGCUGAGCCGUUUGGCAGAACUGAAUCCAUACGUUCCAGUGGUGGCCUAUACCGGCAAACUUACCAAUGAUUUCAUCUCCAGAUUCCGUGUAAUCGUCUUAACGGAGUCCUCACUCGCAGAGCAGAAAGAGAUCUCUGAUUACACGCACUCUAAUGGCAUCGCUCUCAUCAUUGCCUCCACUAAAGGACUUUUCGGACAACUGUUCUGUGAUUUUGGAGACAAUUUCCAAGUGAUUGACGCGACAGGAGAACAGCCGCUCUCUGUUAUGAUCACAUCUGUCACUAAAGACGCCGAAGGAGUGGUCACUACUCACGACGAGUCGCGCCAUGGAUUGGAGAACGGAGACAAAGUGACGUUCAAUGAAGUGGAGGGCAUGACUGAACUCAACAAAUGCGAGCCCAGGACUGUGACAGUGUUGGGUCCCUACACCUUCUCCAUCGGCGACACCACCGGCUUAAAGGACUACGUGAGAGGCGGUUACGCCAUUCAAGUGAAGGUCCCCAAGACUGUCAACUUUAAAUCACUGAAGGAGUCGUUAGCGUCGCCGGAGUUUGUGUUAUCAGACUUCGCCAAAAUGGAAAGACCGGCUCAACUGCACAUCGCUUUCCAGGCGCUGCACCUGUUUGUGGAGCGCCACCGACGACACCCCAACUCGUGGAGCGAAUCGGACGCCACAGAGUUCCGCAAAAUUGUGGGCGAAAUCGCGUCCGAAAACAAACUCGAGAUUCAAAUCGACGAAAACCUGGUGAAGAUGUUCUCGUUCUUGAGUCGCGGAAAUGUGUGUCCAUUGAAUGCCGUGAUUGGAGGGACGGCCGCACAG